GUGGUCUCCUCACACAACCAUGACACCUUCCAUUCCGCUGCUUUUUCUGCUGGCUCUCGGCCUGGCCGUGGCUCCGUCCAGCGGCGACCAAGGAGCUGACCUCAGUGGGAGUGAGACUCUGAAAAUUCUAGACUUGGGUGCGCGGCUGGAGCAGCUGCAGGAUACGCUGAAGCAAGCAGUCGUUGGGCAGCCGCUGAGCAUCACCUUCUCAGUGCUCAAUCAUAUAUGCAGCACAAUCGUUGACCUGGGCCUUGUCCGUCCCAAGGUUAUACCGGACAUGUCGCUUAUGAGUUUCCUGCUGCGCACUGACGAGUGCCAGAAUGUCAGCAUUCCGCUCACUGAGGCCGAGAGGCUGUGGGAGGCGCCGGGCUUCUAUCAGGAUCGGCCCACGGUCAUUUUCAUUACGGGCUGGAAAACAACCAUUUCCGAAUCGAACAGUGGUCCAGCUGCCAAGGCCUACAACUGCCGCAAUGAUACCAAUUUUGUGUUACUGGAUGCAGCCAACUUCAUUGACACUUUGUACUCGUGGUCGGCGCUGAACACGGACGCCAUCGGGGAGUAUGUGGCCAGGGCCUUGCUGACGCUGAACCGAAAUUAUGUCGUCGAGAACGUGCAUGUGGUUGGACACAGUCUGGGUGCACAGAUUGCUGGUUCGACAGGCCGCUACUUCAGACAGUUGUCGGGAGGAGCGACUUUGGCGAGAGUGACUGGCCUGGAUCCGGCCAAUCCCUGUUUCUACGAUGGCAACGAUCUGGAGGGCGUGCGCAGUGGCGAUGCCAGGUUCGUGGACAUUAUACACUCGAAUCCCGGAAUCCUGGGCACUCCGAAGGUCGUGGGCGAUGCUGAUUACUUUGUCGAGGGACUGUUUGCGUUCAAGAGUGGCUGUGAGGGCCUGAAUGACAUCAGCUGCUCGCACAACCGCGCCGUCGAGUACUUCUCAGAGACGGUGUACCGCACGAACACAAACAACUUCCUUGGCAAGCGAUGCGAUCGGUAUGCGAAUCUCUGGUUUGGACGCAGUUGCGAUGACACCCGAACAGUCAUGGGCUACGAUGCCAGUGCCAGCGAUUUGGGCUUCUUCUAUGUGGAUGCCAAUGCUGAAGAGCCAUUCGGGCAAAAUGCAGACAAGAAUUCUUUCACCUCGAGCAACAGCCAGUGCGGCGCCUGUUAGGCCUGCCAGAGGUGUUGGAAAUGGAAGAUUUCAACA